CGCUCCCUCAACAUGCAGAACGACGCCGGCGAGUUCGUGGACCUUUACGUGCCGCGGAAAUGCUCUGCCAGCAACCGCAUCAUAGGCGCCAAGGACCACGCGUCCAUCCAGAUGAACGUGGCCGAGGUUGACAAGGUGACAGGCAGGUUCAACGGCCAGUUUAAAACCUAUGCCAUCUGCGGGGCCAUUCGCAGGAUGGGCGAGUCCGAUGACUCCAUUCUCCGGCUGGCCAAGGCGGACAGCAUUGUCUCAAAGUAA